GAAGGCGGCUGAGUAACUGAAGCGCGAGGAGGUGACAGAGGAUUCACUGCAAGUCUGCAGAGAAGAGGAAGAGAGAGAGAGAGAGAGAGAGAGAGAGAGAGGGAGGCGCGAGGACUGAGCGUGUUUCAGUUUCUCUCUGCGGGGAAGUAGGAGCUGAGCUUGGUGUCCGGAGUUCCGCGCGCGUGUGUUCGUCUGUCAGGGUCUGUCUGUGUUGCAGACCCCCUGAGCUCGCGCCCUCCGGUCUGCCCCGUUGGAUUUAAGCCCCUCUGAAAUGGAGCCGUGGCGGCAGUGCGCGCUGUGGCUGAUCAGCUGCCGCGUGCUGCCGCCGCACCACCGCGUCACCUGGCCGUCCGCGCGCGUGUUCGACCUCGCGCAGACGCUGAGGGACGGAGUGCUGCUGUGCCAGCUGCUCAACAACCUGCGGCCGCAGACGGUCAACCUGAAGGAGAUCAACCUGCGCCCCCAGAUGAGCCAGUUCCUAUGCUUGAAGAACAUCAGGACGUUCCUGAGCGCCUGUUGUGAGGUGUUCGGCAUGAAGAAGAGUGAGCUGUUUGAGGCCUUUGACCUGUUUGAUGUGCGGGAUUUUGGCAAGGUUAUGGACACGUUGUCCAAGCUGUCGAACAUGCCGAUCGCACUGCAGACUGGAAUAAAGCCUUUUCCGACAGAAGAAAGUGUGGAGGAGGAUGAAGAAAUCUAUAAUCACCUGGAGGACCUGAUAGAUGAGAACGGUGUGGACGACGAGGAGGACCUGUAUGACUGUGUGUAUGAUGAUGAUGAUGGUGGCGAGGUGUAUGAAGACCUGAUGAAGACUGAGGCUGGAGCUCCACCAAAACAGGCCGAGACGGACAUCAGGAGCUGCUGUCUGGCGGAGAUCAGACAGACGGAGGAGAAGUACACAGAGACACUCGAGUCCAUCGAGAAGUUCUUCAUGCGGCCGCUGGAGCAGUUCCUGACGGCGGUGGAGAUCGAGAAGGUGUUCGUCAACAUCCCGGACCUGGUGAAGGUCCACAAAAGCCUUCUGCAGGAGGUCCAGAACUCCAUCACUCACCAAAGCUCCAGCAACCUCCACCAAAUCUUCAUCGAUUACAAGGAGAGGUUACUCAUUUACGGUAAAUACUGCAGCCAUGUCGAGACCGCCAUCGCCUGUCUGGAUGGCAUCUGUAAGGAUAAGGAGGAUGUGAGGCAGAAAUUAGAGGUCUGCUCAAAAAGGGCCAAUAAUGGAAAGUUUACAUUAAGGGAUCUACUCGUCGUCCCAAUGCAGAGAGUUUUAAAGUAUCACCUGCUUCUCCAGGAAUUGGUGAAACACACUAAUGACAGCACGGACAAGAGCAACCUGCGCAAAGCUCUGGACGCCAUGAAGGACCUGGCCCAGUAUGUCAACGAAGUGAAGAGGGACAAUGAGACGCUGAGGGAGAUCGCCCAGUAUCAGAAAUCUAUAGAGAACCUCAAUCAGCCUCUGAGUAACUACGGGAGACCGAAGGGAGACGGAGAGGUUCGAGUAGCUUCAGUGGACAAACGGGCCAAACAGGACAGGCACAUCUUCCUGUUCGACGCAGCGGUGAUUGUGUGUAAGCGGAGGGGAGACGUGUAUGAAAUGAAGGAGGUGAUCGACCUCCAAAACUUCAAGAUCACCAACAACCCCACCUCAGACAAGGAGUACAGAAAGUGGUCCUAUGGGUUCUACCUCACGCACAACCAGGGCCAGAGCGGCUUUGAGUUUUUCUUCAAGACCAAAGAGCUGAAGAAGAAGUGGCUGGAACAGUUUGGCAUGGCCAUCUCCAACAUCCGUCCAGAGAAUGGCAACAGUAACUUCCAUGAGUUCCGCAUGCACACCUUCGACAGAAUCACGCCCUGCAGCACCUGCAAGAUGUUGUUGAGGGGUAUAUUUAAUCAGGGUUAUCAGUGCUGUAAGUGUGGAGAAGGGGCCCAUAAGGAGUGUCUCAGCAGAGUGGCUUUGUGUGGAAAACCCAGCACCUCGGAUUCAGGAUCCUUCAGGACGCAGGACCGAACGCACAGCCGACGUGUAGAUCCAGGCUUACCGAAGAUGCUGGCUAUAAGGAAUUACCACGGUAUUCCCAUCCCCAUGUGUGGCCCCGCCCUCAAUAUUACACAAGGCGACAUCAUCGAGUUGAUCAGAGCGGAUCUACACAGCACCUGGUGGCAGGGCAAAGUCUUGACGACGAGAGAGGUUGGAUUCUUUCCAAGCGACGCUGUGAAGCCCUGCCCAUGUGCUAAACCGAUUGAUUAUUCUCCACAGCCCUGGUUCGCGGGCCGCAUGCAGCGUCUGGAGGCGGAGGCGGAGCUGGUGAACAGGAAGAACAGCACGUACCUGGUGAGGCAUCGAGGCCACGACAGUAAUGAGUACGCCAUCAGCAUCAAGUUCAACAACGACGUGAAGCACAUCAAGAUCCUGGCCAGAGACAGCUACUUCCAGAUCGCGGAGAACCGGAGGUUCCGCAGCAUUCUCGAGUUGAUUGAGUACUAUAAGCACCACUCUUUGAAGGAGGGCUUCAGGACGCUGGACACCACGCUGCAGUUCGCCUACAGAGACCCGGAGAAUGGAGGAAGCCUCCCAUUGCUCUGCGGCCUUUCUUUUGUAACUCCUCCUGGCUACAGCUUUAUUCCUCCCUCCUCCGCCCCCUUCUGGUCAGUGUUCGCGCCGAAGGUGAUCGGUGUGGCGAUAGCUCGCUAUGACUUCUGCUCCAGAGACACGCGAGAGCUCUCCCUGCAGGAGGGCGACAUGGUGAAGAUCUACACCAAAUCAGGAGCCAACGGCUGGUGGAGAGGAGAGGUCAAUGGCAGGGUGGGCUGGUUCCCCUCCACAUACGUAGAGGAAGGUGAGGAGUGAGAGCUGGACUUCAGUAAAACCCGGAGAGACUAUUUUGAAAAAUCCAGACUGGACCGGAGCCACGGUGGGACUCUGGAAGGCAGAGAGAGGCCUUCUUUUUUUCCUCCUCUCUCUGUCCCUCGUUCUCCCUCUCCUGCUGGAUGGACACAUUAAUGGCUGGAGUUGAGCUCCAGGACAGCGACCCUGCCGGUCAGGCGGAAUGCAGGGGGCAGACUUUUAGCCUUGACCUUUGAUCCUUUGGACUAGACCGCUAUCCCUUUACACUCCCGGCAGCCACGGAUCUGUCACCAGAGGAGACGCUGUGUGUGUGUGUGUGUGUGUUGAUGUGAAUGCGUGAGAGACUCAGAAUCGUGUGUGUGUGAGUGUGUUGUGACCUUGAGUUCCACCUACCUGCAGCAUUAUUGAUGAGUCUGUCCCCCUUCCUUUCAGCAGGGGGCUCAGGAGGGGACGUCCUCACUCCUUUCUCGCUCUCCCUUUUUCCCCAUCCUUCCAUUUCUACUCAAAUUAAAGCGAUAGUUUGACAAAAAAAAAAUAUGGUAGAAAAUAUGACCUGCUAGAAACUCGCUUGUCUAUCAGGAUGUGAGAGUUUUACUGCUUUACUGCUUUACUGGAUACCUG